UGCAUCAGGCAGGUUCCUACACGUGUCGUAUCACAAUUCGCAAUAAUAAGAUCAUACAUUUCGACAUUUCUCAGGCUCAUCUAUUUUGAGUCGCAUCUAUCAUAAAGGAGGACGAAGAAAAAUAACUUUUUUAAAUAAUUAAAGAAUGAGGCAUGAGUUCGUUUUCAUGGUCAGCAAUGCAUGGCAUCGCAUAGCCAUGAAAAUGACUAGAAACGCGUCCAUUUUCUCGAACUCAAUCUCUGUUUUACUAUCGUUAUCAUUGUCGGUGUCCUAUUUAGCCAAUUUUAUUCUUAUUUAAUUUCUAAACGAAGGAGAAAUAUAUUUCAGAGAUUUCAGAGUCGUCUCGAUUUCCCCACUUGUAGCGUUCACGGAAUCCACAACGGCGAAAGAUAAUAGGUCCUUCUGUUUGUGGGGUAAAUAUGGAGUUUGGGGUGGAAUGGGAGUGUCCAGUGAGGGUGGACAGGGCCGUGUUACCCUCCGUCGUCUCUAGCUUGGUCCAGUCCGGAAUCAAACUAUUUCUUCACCAACGAAAUCAAAUUCCACUCCCCUUGGAACAACUCCACCAGAAACGCAUGGAAAUUCAACGGCAAAGACAAGAAGAACAACAAAAGGAUGGCCUUGUUGACGGUCAUUCAAAAUCUCAGGAAACUGAGCAGCCGGCCAAUGAUGACCUUAGGGAACGAAUUCAGUUCAUGAUCUCACAAAGGAAAAUUAACCAAAGCAAUCUAAGAAGGCAACGUAUGUUUGAACAAAUGUCAAAACGAGAAGAAUUAGCUGUUGAAUCGAUUAUGAAAUGCUUGAGGAUGCUGGAUGCACAGAUUCAAGAAAAUUUUGAAAAUGUUGUAGCCACUGGUCUGUUUUUUGGUUCAUCACUUCAUACUCCAAAGGAAAUAGUUUUGUUUGACCUGUCAACAAUAUUGAAAGAACUACGCGGCUCAUCAGUGUCAGGAGGAAACGAAAACGACCAAAAUUCGGAACAGACGGAACAGUUAAUAUCAAACUUAACGCGGAGUUUUUACAAGGGUAUUAUUAUGACUGAGGAAUUUUGCGAUAUAACCGAAAAUAAUCUACCAUCGACCCGAACUCACAUUUGUCUGUUAUCCAACAAAGAGUUUCCAACGAAGACCACUUCUAUUGAAAGUAGUGAAGACGAGCCGAUGGUAUUAUUGGAAAAUGUAGAGAUAUUCACUGACCAUUUAACCUUUGAACGUAAUUCUGACAAUCGAAAUGAAACAACCGCAUCGAAAGGAUUUGACAGCUCUGUAUCAUCACAAGCAGAGCUAUCGUUAAAUAAUUCUCGAGUUUCUAAUUCUUCUCUCACCUCGGAGAAUAAUGAAUUUGAUGCUAAACCAUCUCAAUUCAGAAAUAAGAAAAUUAAGGUACUAACAAUUAAGAUAGAUAUGAAAACUAAUGAGGAACAAUCUGUUCCAGCUCGUAAUAUUCGUGACAACGAGUGUUUAUUUUGUUAUCAAAUUCCGCUGCGUUUGAAGGGGAUUACAUCUUGCAAAAACACGUUUAUGUGACCUUAGUUGUAUCUCUUAAGAAAUAAAUUGUACAACAAUAAUUUUAACUACGCAAUAACAUAUAGAAUUACAUUGAUAAGCCAGACCGAGUAAACUGAAUAAGAAUUGUCAAAAAUUUUGAAUAGUGGCAUCUUUUGUCUGUUAUCCUGAACUUAACUUGAUUGGCAAAUUAUUUAUAAAAGUUACAAUUGUUUAAACUCAACGACAUGAAUUAUUAUUGGGACUAAAUAACAUACAUAUAAGCCAAAA